AUGUCACAAGCAAAGGCAAAGAAAAAGAAAGGUGAAAACAAAGCUAAGAAAUCCCCGAAGGGGAAAAAGCCUGGUAUGUAAGAUGAAAAAGAUGAAGUUGAUCUUUCUAUGGCUAGUAUAGGCCACCCAGAAAUCUUUCCUUUAGUUCUCACUACACAGACCCAAGCAAUUUUCAAUUGCCGAGUGGAUGAAGAUGUCACAGAAGAAAAUUGUUUCAAAAUCAUUAAAAAAGAGGACAUCAUUCAGGACCUGAAAAGAAGAGCUAAAAUUUCUGAUUUUUACCCUAUCAAAAAUAUUAUCCUGGAAUAUCCAGGGGAAGAACUUUUGGUAGUUUUAGAUGCAAAUUUCCAGUAUGGACAGAACUUUUACCUCGUUGCUUCUGAGGAAGCCAAGGAAAACCUUCUGAAGCCUCCAGAAACUGCAGAAGAAAAACAGGAAGAAAGCAACGAAGAAGAAGAAAAUAUAGAGGAGACUCUAGAAAUCCAACCAUACAGGCCUCCUGUCCAAAAACCUUGGGUUUCUCUUGGCAGUGAAAAGGAAGUUGAAGAAGAAUCUGUCAAAGACACCGUUACAAAGAUUAAGAAUAUGUUUUCUCGAGUACGCAAGAAGUUCGGUGCACCAAUUACUUUUACUGAUAGCAAUGCUUCAGACGUAAAAAACAGUUAUGCUGAAUGCACAUCCUAUCAAGACAAAACUUUCAGUAUUAAAAUGCUUGAAAAAGAUGUGGGCGUACAAAUGGUUCCAAAAGUAGGAGAAAGUAGUACUCAGACAAAAUGGACCUAUCCAAAAAAUGCAGCCACACAGUAUUUUCCUAGACAGUUGUCAGAUGAAGAGAAAGAAGAGUGUCUGUCAUCUGAGAAGCUGAAAGAAUUUCUUACAUCAGUACAUUUAAGAAUGGAAAUUGCACUGCAGCAAAAUGAAAUUAUAAAUCCUUUUUUUGAUGACUGGAAGGCCCUAGCAGAAGAUGAAAGCAGUUCUGGUGGCAAGCCAGAUGUUUACCUUCAAGCAUAUCAAUCAUUUACAGAUCUGCGCUAUCCCAAGGAUAGAACUAUUAGCUGUGUUUGCUGGCAUCCAAACAUUGAUGGGGUCAUAGCAGUGUCAGCAAGACAGAGGCUUUCUUAUGAAGAACACAUUAACCUUUCUGACAAGUCACUGCUGCAGCAAUCAGCAAUACUUUUUUGGAGUGUUUCUGACCCUCUCCAGCCUCAGUUACUGUUGGAGUGUCCUGAAGACAUCUGCUGCUUUCAGUUCAGUCCAAGCGACCCGAAUAUCAUUGUUGGAGGCUGCAUCAAUGGACAGGUUAUACUGUGGGAUAUUUCUGAACAUGAAGAAAAGCUGCAAAAUACAAAACCUGAUGCUGAUGGAAACGAGGUAACAGCUGUUAGUAUGAUAAAUGCUUCCAUUCUCAAUUGUAGUACAUCUCCACCAGCUAUGGAAGAUCAGCAGAGUAGCAGAGAGCCACCUCUAGUGAAACAUUGUGCAGACUCUCCCAUAGAGCAUGCUCAUAAAAAACCAGUAACAGAUGUAAUUUGGCUGCUAAAUUAUUUUGAGGACAACCAAAUGGGUGCUGAUUCUGAAAACAGAGCUGAAAUUCCCGUGCAGUUUGCAACCUGCUCCCCUGAUUGCUCAAUAUUAUUUUGGGAUAUUCCAGACACCAAACCUUCUGAACAACCUUUAUCUAAGAAAGUAACAGAGAUGAACAUAUUUUAUAAACCCCAUGGUGGUCCAGAUACUUCUAAGCAUCUAGAUCUCUCGUGGAAACCUCUCAUAAAGAUAAACCUGUGCAAAAGUGGCAUCAACCAAGAGUACGGUUCCACCAGGAUUGUUUUAAGGGUACUGCACUGCAAUUUCAAAAGCUCAGAGAAGGUGUCUGCCAGAGAGAUGAGCAGAAGUCUGAAAGGGAUAAAGGAUAUCUCCACUGAUUUUUUUGUUGGAACUGAGGAUGGAGAAAUUGUUUAUUCUGACUGGAAAAUUGAAAUCGAGAAUGACCUGCCAAUACCAGUUAAUCAGAAGCACACUCAGAAAUAUGCUGUCCACACUGAAACUAUCAACACUCUCCAGAGAUCUCCGUUUUUUAAAGACAUCAUUCUAAGCAUUGGAGGACGGAAGUUUGCCAUUUGGAAAGAAGAGGUUACAUAUGGAGCAAUCCUUCAGUCAAGCUGCUCUUCAGGAAGAUACACUGCAGGACGAUGGUCCUUAACAAGACCAGGAGUUUUCUUCAUUGGCAGAGAUGAUGGAAAUGUAGAUAUCUGGGACUUACUGAAGAAAACUCAUGAGCCAUCAUAUUUCCAGAACAUCUCCAAAUCAAAGAUCACUUUCAUCAGCCCCUGGAUUGCCUCAUCAAAGCAGAAUUUUUUAGCGGUGUCUGAUGAUCAUGGAGUACUGCAUGUUUUGGAAAUCUGUCAGGCACUAAGUGACCCUUUGAUGAAUGAGUAUGACAGUGUACUUGAUUACUUUGAAAGAGAAGUCAAACAUCUGAAGUACUGUGAACAAGAGCUUCGAGAGUAUCAAGACCUUCAAGCCAAAACAGAACAGAAAUCCAUCUGGGAGCACAAAGGAAGAAAACAAGUAUGA